AUGGGUGACAUUGAUCCACCCGUUGAAGAGAUAUUAGAGGAUAAGUUGGGCCACGAAUUUUUGACCACACUAUGUUUGGAAAAGGGCUCAAGACCUUGCUCUCUGUGCCUGGCCUGGCCUGCCAGAUCUCCAGACCUGAGCAUACACAACCGAGUCCCUGGUCUCACGGUUCCACCAAGCGAAGACCCCUCCACAACACGCCGCCCUCUCCUCUCACCGACGCUCGGAAAUGACUCGAACUCCUACCGCCAGGUGACGCCUCCUUAUCUGCCAGAGUUCAGGAACCCGUGUUGGCGACAGGAGGGCGACAAGAGGAGGCUUCUGUGUGUGCCCUACGUGUUUUUGGCGGGCUUUCCCAAGAGUGGAACCACAGACCUCCACUCCAGGAUCUCAGCCCACCCACUGGUCAGCGUGUUCUCCCGGAAGGAGCCACACUACAUGACCAGGAAGGUGUUUAAACAUGUCACGUGUGCUCCAGGCCAUGAGGAACUAGCAAGAACUAGCUGUGAGAUCCUGACAUACGCCAGAACAUUCUACAAGACAGUAGCUCUUGACAUUCUCCGACGUGGCAGAAAGGACUGGUCCGUCGACUCGAGUGCCUCCACCGCCUGGGACAACUGUCACUGGACAAGCCUGCAGGCCGGACACAACUGUACUGACCACUCGGAGUACUACAUGAUGGUGCCGGCCCUCAUCGCCAGGAUGAACCCACACACACGGGUCAUCAUCAUCCUCAGGGACCCUGUCGACAGGGUGUACUCUGACUACGCCUACUUCCAUGACAACACGAGUCAAGCUGCCUUCCACUCCUCCACGGAGACAUUCGUACAGAGAUUCUGGGACUGUCGGCGUCAUAGCUCGCUCAAGACCUGUGCUUUUGACAUGGUCAGCUAUGUAAGUGCUGGUGGUGGUGAUGUGGCCAUAGUGCUGCUGGUGAUGGUGCCGUUCCCCACGGGUUUGGAGGCUCGGGGCCAGAUCCCUGCGUGUGCCGGGCCCAGUCACGUGACUGACCAUGACAGACAGACAGACAGACAGACAGACAGACAGACCAACUGUUUACAAAACGUACUCUGUCAAACUGGUCUUUCUGGCUGUAACCCUGCGCUCCCCCGCCCUCCCCUCGUCCCCACACCCCCACUUCACCCCUCCCUCCCACCUUCGUGUUUCUUCUUCUCUCUCUCCACAGCACCGCUGACUGACGAAGCACUAGGCCGGAUAGAGAGAGCGAAAGAGAAAAACACCAACACGCACGCCAAAGCCAGCCUGGGACCGAUGUGGGAGGAGACCAGACUGAUGCUACAACGGUUUUAUCAGCCGCACAACGCACAGCUAGCAAAACUUUUAGGGGACGAAACUUUUACAUGGCGGUACAACUCAACACUCGAAACCAUGUUAUUAUAUCAUUAAUUAUCACAAUCUUGCUAUUUAACUUUUUCAGUGCUAAAACUUAAAUGAAUGUUCAUUCAAGUGAGAUUUAAACAAAGCCACAAUAUAUUCCCCCUUAUUAAGAACAUGAAACUACAUACGUUGAAAAAAUACAUCUUCUCGAAUCAUCAUCCAGUGCCAGAUCUGCGACAGACAUCGACAAUCAUGGUUCUCCAUUCAUUCAUUUGAUCGGAUGCCCUUACAAAAGCUACGUUUCCCUGAUCUUUCCGCGAUACCCAUUUGUUCAGGUUCCUUAAGUUGGUUGCUCUGGGCUUACCCCUGCCUCGUUUGCCCUUAAUUUUGCCGGUGAGAGCUAGAGGUUCAAGACCCUUAUAUCUAUUCAGGUGUCCCAAAAGUUGCAUUUGUCGUUUCCUGAUUGUUUUUAACAUUGGGCAUCCCACGUGGGCUUCAUCAAGCACGACCUCAUUUGAUUUCUUUUCCUUCUAGAAUUCCUCAAUAAACCAGAAUAAAAAACAGGUCAGCGAACCAGCUUGGAUGAACAUAAUAAGAGAUUGCAAACAUCAGCACAUCAGUGAAGAGGUUAAUUGUCACUUCAGAAAAUAACUCAUUUCAUCUAAACCUUUGUUGACACCCUAUCACCUACCCUCUGAGCAUUAUAUUUAUAUUGAGAUUAUUUUUGUGUGAUCAGUGUUCGACUUUUACUGUGUAACCUAUAAACUAGGUCAAAUACAUUUUGUGGCCACGCUA